UCUUCACCGGCUCAUCGGAAAUCAUGACCGGCGCCAGCAGCCACAGCCGAUCUUCGGAAGCGAACACUCGGCCGACGAGUGCCUUUCUGAGAUGGUGGUUGAUUUUCUUGAAGGCGGUGAAUGCGGGAGUAGUUCGCCGGCGGGUGAUUUUUUUGACGCGACGGAGAUGAAUGUUGUGGAGACGGAUUGUACGGCGGCGGUGGGUGAAAUUCGAAGAAUGGUAGCUUUGAACGACGGCUAUGUGGAGCCUUAUAGAGAAUUGCUUGUAGGUGAUGUUAUGGAAGCGGCGGCGUCUUCAUCAAACGGUGACGUUUCGCGGCGGAGGUUGGUGAUGAUCCUUCGUGAGCUUCAUCACGAUGCGGCGAUUUGUAAGACGAAAUGGGGUGGCUCCCAUGGUGUCGCCGCUGGUGACUAUGAAUUCAUCGACGUUGUCAGUGGGAAAAUUCGGUACUUGAUCGAUACGAACUUUUCCGCUCAGUUUGAAAUCGCAAGACCGACAAUCCAAUACACAAAGAUAUUAAAAUUUCUACCUUUAAUUUUCAUUGGAACAGCUGAGGAGUUGAAGAAGAUCGUGAGAAUCAUGUGUGACGCCGCAAAGAGAUCACUAAAUCUUACGAAUCUUAUAGUACCACCAUGGCGAAGAAAUGGCUACAUGCAAAAUAAAUGGUUGGGGCCGUACCGUCGAACUGUAAAUCCAAUUUCUGACACGUUUCCAACAUCUACAUCAAAAAACACGACCCAGUGGCAGGUGAAGUGUCGGUGGAUUGGGUUCGACGAUACCUCUUCCAUGGAAGUCGUGAUUUAAG